GUCAAAAAUGAAUCAGGAAUUGAAGAGAAAAUUAAAUAUCCGGAACUGCAAAUUUCAGUUCAUUUCACAAUAAAAUAGCUGAAAUGCAAGAAAACAUUAAUGUCCGCCGUAUCGACGAUCGAGCAAGACAAAUUGUAGACGAGGCGUCCGUUAAUAUUGGGGUCGGGACCAAAAUACAUGUCGGGUGCGGAGCGUGCGCCAGUAGGCGUAAGGCGGCGCGAGCGCCGACCGCGCUGUGCCUCUGCUCGCAAACUUAUCGCCUCAUUUACUGAGCACGGGCUAAAAUUAACCGCUACCAGAUAAUCCUCUUGAAACAAUACAUGUGUAAAACCUUGUGUUAAAAGAGUUAUGUGAAAAUAUAAAAAAUAUAAAAGUGAUAUAUUUACUAAAUUAAUGUGAAAAAACAACAAGAGUCCGUGAUCUGGACACGGUACAGGAAGUAAAUAAAAUUUAUAUAGAAUUCACAUUAUAAAAAAAUGAAUCCACCGUCGGCAUUAUAUGGUAGCAUGAAUAAGGAGCGAAAGCCGUUUACUUAUACCCCUGGAGGACUAGAUUUGUCACAGAUCAAAUCAGAGCGUAUGGCCCAAAGAUUAUUGAGAAAUGCAAUGGACCAGGGUGUCCCAGAGCAACAGACGUCACAUCUGCAAUCGCCACCGACACCCACAGCACUAAAUGUGCCCAAUUUUAAUUGUUUACCGGUACAAGUCUUCCCAACUUUUCCUCUACCAUCGAAUCCGAAAUCAUUAUUAAAGACGAGAAGCAAUCAACAAAAGGAGCCAUGUUUACAAGAUAUACCGAAUUUGGAACAAUUAAAAACAAAUAGCAAUGGAAUUGGUUUAAAACAAUGCUUUCAAAACAACAAUAAAAAUAUAUCGAAUUAUAAUCAAUCGAAUAACGAAAACAAAAACAAUGAUCAGUCUUUACCAUUACAUGAAUAUACUCCGCCAAUAGUUCGAUCCUACCCGAGUUACGAAACUAGUGAAUAUGCAGAUGCAGGUUCUCCGAAAUGUUACUUGCCUACAGAAAAAGAAGUAAUAACCCCCGAAGAUAACCAGUACAAGUAUAAUGAUGAAAUCAUAAAAAAUAAAAGUAUAUGUGAACCUUCUGUAACAAAGACUUCAGAUACCUCGCUAAGACCUUUACUGACUUCGACUUACACAAUGGAAAAAAAUAUACCUGAAACAUUGGAAGAGAUGACGGGAACAGAAAAUAAUCAGGUGGAUAAUCAAGUAAAAGUCGUCAAGAAACAAAUUGAAACAGAAAACAAUACGGAAGAACAAAAUGGUGACGCGAACGUUGAAGCUGCUGUAACUAUUAAGUUACCUGGGAAAAAAUCUUCGGCUAAAACGGAGACAAAAGUGGAAGUAGUUAAAAACGUUCGGCCAGAUGGGUCUAUUGAGGAAGUUAAAACAACAACAACAAAGACGACUAUUGACGGAAAAACGGAAAUCAGGACUAAAACGGAGACAACUAUAAUACCAAAAGAGGAAGAAUAUGAAGAGGAAGAGUUUGUUGAAGAGGAAGAAGAAGAAGAAGAAAAUGAACAAGAGAAUGCAGUUGUUGAAGAAACUGCUGCAUCCAAUGAAGACCAAAGAGAAAAUAACGUAGAAAAUGACUCAGAAGUAGAUGAAGAUAUAAAACAGGAAGAAAAUGAAAAUUUGAGUCAAGAAGAAACUUCGGAAACGAUAAUAACAAAACAAGUAACAGUAACCCAGUCUGAACAAAAGCAGGAAAAUUCUGAAGAAACUGAAGAAGUUGAAGAAGAAGAAGAAAAAGAAGCUGAAGUUGAAAGUAAAAAUGAAGAAAAUCAGAUUGAAAAUAAUAUUAACGAUAAUAGAGAGGAAUCGGAAGAAGAUGCUGACGAUGAAGACGAAGAAAAGAUACACAUCAAAAAUGAGAAGAAGCAGGAACCUGAAGAAAAAGAUAUGGUCCAAGAAAACCAGGAACCUGAAGCUAAACCAGAAGAAGAACUAGAAGAAACAGAAACUGUUACGCCCGAAUCCGAAGAAACACGAUUGGAAGAAACAAUGAAAACGGAAGUUGAAAAAGAAAAAGAAGUUAUUACGGAUGAUAGCAAAAGUUUGACAAAUGUUAUAAAAGCAACGGUUGACAAUGAACCUUGUGAUAACGAGCAAUCCGAAAACAGUACUGUACAGUUCCAAGAUACUAAAUCGAGUAAUGAACAUAAAGAAGAAAUUAUUGUAGAAGUGCAAGUCUUGAAACCAAACUCACAGGAAACACAAGACUCUAAGAUUGAGAAUGAAGUUAAAUCGUCAUUGCCAUCAGAACGCAACAUACCUUUCAGAGAACCCUCAGCACCACUUGAGAAGGUCGAAGAUGUAGAAAUUAAACCAAUUGGUGAAAUAAUUUCCAAAACUCGCACAGAAAAUACCGAAAUUAUAACAUCUUCAUUAGAUAAACCCACUACUGGAUUAAGUACACAAACCGCGUAUAACAGAAUAGAAAAUAUUGUGACAGUAAAUAAAACAACCAAAACAUUAGACCACGCGUAUGACCAGCAUGCACCACUCGGCAUUCCGACUGUAAAAACAUAUUUCGCUCCUACAACAGAUAGGUUAACAACGUCUCCUUAUCAACCAGUUUAUACUCCUGAACCUCAAACUGAAAGAAGACACAGUUUACUGCUUGACCGGCUUAGUGUCGAUCGACAAAUACCAGCCGCAGAGCUUUACCAAAGUAAUUAUCAGACUUAUGAACAAAAUCAAUGGACACAAGAACCUCAAUCAGAAGUUUUAACUGUAAGUAAUGUGAAACCUAGUACAAUUACAAAGAACCAGCAAUGGUAUCAACAGACGAGAAAAGAAGAAGUUUCUUAUGAUUCAGCGCCAUCUCAUAGCGCACCCACUCAAGACUGGAGCACACCACCACAACAAAGGCAAACGCCGCAACCUUCUCAGACUCAGUUUCAAUAUCAACCGCAGACUCAACCAUCAUACAUUGAUAAACAAGACACUUUCACAUCUACAUUGAAUAAUUCUAAUGCCUUUCAACAGAGCACGUACCAACCAUCUUACACGCCUAAACCAACUAGCUGGGUAGGCAAUAAUGUCAACUUACCAAAAACGAUUCCUACGAUAAACAAACCACCGAGUCAGUAUUCAUAUGUAAACAAAGAACCUACAGAAACAUAUCAAACGCCGCCUCAACCUUAUUCAUCCUCUUAUAUUCCACCUCCAUGGGAACAAGAUUCCAACUAUGUACCGGAAAAUUUGAACCAAACUUACUAUACACCACCUCCAAGCAAUAAGUUUACCAGUAACGCUACUCCCGCUUGGACACCCAAGCCAACAAGUAAAUUCUCAAAACCAAAACCUACAUCGUACAUACCACCUGCACCGAAUCAAUCUUUCGUCAAACCAGUAACUGUGACCGAUCAACCGAAAUUGCCUGGCCGUAAAACAUACUACAGUGAAUAUGAAAGACGUUAUAUCUCAGUACCAGAAUCUACGUACAUACCGACAGAAAACAAGUUCCAAGCGCAGCCUGAUCCGUCGCCACAAUAUUACUACGAUAAUAACGAACCAAAGGAGAAUGUCGAGCAUGAAUGGCGAAAAGAGCUACGAGAAUUUUCGGAGAAAACACAGAGUCAGACUUUCACUGACCAAACAUCAGUAAAACCUCCAUGGGAAGAGGAUCCCAAGUACUACGCUCCUACAGUCACUACUGAAUACACUUCCACACCUACUUGGAGUCAAACCUUAAGACCGAGUUCAUGGCGCGAUAGGAGCUUUGAAUCGGAGUUCGGAAGAGCAAAAGAAUUAGCAAGAACAAACACGUUGGGCCGUGGAAGACCUCAGAGCUCAUAUGUGAAGAGCAACAUUAGUACUCCAAUCCCGGAGAGGACUCGUGGAGUUUCAGUGGAUAGAUACAAUCCAAAUAAUUAUAAGUCUCCAGUACCGUCUGAGUAUCCUCCAGUCCAGAGUCACACUUUAGACCCAACCGUUGGCGCGAAGACAUACCAUAACCCUAACGUACCAGCUUAUAACUCCCGAGCCUCUGCUGAACCUAGAGAGCAAACGGCAGCUUUUCCCCAACCACGGCACUACGCGGAAGCGCGGGCACCACCUCUGCAAUCAAGAUCCUUUAAGUACCUUCAAUGGAUAACUGGAACUGAAGAUUGAGCCAAAAAUAAAUAAUUAUAGUAGCUUAAGGUAUAUAGUAACAAAGUUCAAGAGAUGAAAUGUAAAUCUAGGAUGAUAAUUCCAUUUUUCAAGUUUGCUAAUUGAAAAGUGAGGAUAUUUCAAAAGAAAAAUAAUUGUUAUUUAUAUUUACGAAAAAGAACG